UAUAAACGUUCAAAAUAACUACGAUCACAAUUGAAAUUACUUAAUAUGACAAUUUAAUUCUUUCUUAGCAUUGUAUUUUGAAUCGUGAUCUUCAAUAAGUUAUCUAUUAUCUUCAUUCAAACACAAUUAUUUAAUACAUUAAUAUUAUAUAUUGAAACAAAUGUCUACAGAUACAUGGAUAUCUUCACAUUGUGAACUUAAUCACCUUGCUGAUAUGGCACCAUCAUCAUCAUCAUCACCAACUAUCUCAUCACCGUCAUCGUCAUCAUCAUUUAAUAUAAAUCUUAUGCAACAAUUUUCAAAUGUAUUUAAUAAAUUUUCUUCAUCUGAAAUAAAUUCAUUCAUUUCAAAAAAAUCUAAUGAUUCAUAUUUAUAUACUACUAAUUCUUUAAAUCAAACAGUAAUGAAUAAUUAUAUAACUAAAGAACAAAAAUUACAAGAUUAUCAUUUACAUAAUUUUCAAGAGAUAUUUUAUAAAUUAUUAAAAAUAUUUCCACAAAAAUCAAUAAUCAAUCAUGAAACAUCUUCAGAAAAAUCAAUUCAAGAUUUAACAAUUAAUCGUAAUGGACAAUAUGAUUUAAAUAUUUCUGAUUUUAAUUGUAGUAAUACAACAUUAGGUACAUUACCAAGUCCAUCAGAAAAAUCUAGUCCAUAUGAUAGUAGUUUAUGUUAUUCACAAAAUAUAUUAAUAGAUAAGAAUGAAUAUCAACAAAUGAAUCAUCAAAUAAAUGAUCAUGAAAUUGAUGAUCCUAAUGAUUAUCAUAAUAAAUUAGGUAAAGAAGAAAAACUUCAAAAUAAUAAUGAAGUAAAUGAAUUCAAUUAUACAUUGGAUCAUAUUAAAAUGAAUAAAACAAAUAGUUUAUAUACUACUAUACCAUGUGAUACAGGAUUAAACAAUAUAUUUAAUAUUAAUGAUAAUAUAAAACAAGAUUAUAGAUCCCCUACUGAAAAACUAAAAAAUCAUUUACCUUAUCAAUAUGAACAUUUUUUGAAAUAUGAUUAUGAACAAUCAAAUGAUGAACAACAUGCUAUUAAUUUAUCUAUGAAAAAGACAAAUUUAUAUCAAACGAUACCUACUUCACAAUAUGAGAUCAGUCAUCAUAAUACAGAAACAAAUGAUUUUUCAUUGUCAAAUCCAGCAGUUUAUGAAUAUUAUACUAGAUUAAUGCAACUUAGUUAUUUUGAAUGGUUUAAAUAUCUCUAUUGUCAAUCACCACAAAUAACAGGAAAUUCUUCUACCUCAAGUCCUAUUCCUCAUUUAAUUCAGAAUAACAAUAUGUAUUAUCCAAACAAUGAUAAAUCCUGUGAUUUUAAUAAUUUGAAUAAUGUUAAUAACACUUUACGAAGUAACCACUCUUCAAAAGAUGUUCAAAAUAUAGACAGAUCAGCAUUUUGUCAUUCUAACGAACCACUUUCAAUUAAUUCAGAUAUUUUAGGAUCAACUUAUUCAUAUGAUUUAUCUAAUUUUCCUUCUAAUUUGCAGUCUAAUUUCUCAUUUAAUAAUCAUCAAACUGCUUUGUUAAAUCGUCUUUCAACGAUUACAUCAACAACACAUACAUUACCAUCUUAUUCACCAAUACGAAUUACCAAGUCUGGCCUACAAUCAAUGACAAAAGAUGCUUCAAAGUUAACAAAUGUUUGUAAUAUAAAAUCAAAAACUUAUUCUGGAAAUCCAAUAAUUUCAAAAUAUUCUAACACAAAAAGUACUGAUCGUACAUUAAUUAUCAAUGGACCUAACAGUUAUGCUUGUAAACUUUGUUCGAAAGUUUAUUCACAAGCAUCCGCUUUAAAAAUGCAUGUACGUACGCACACAUUACCAUGUCGAUGUACACAUUGUGGUAAAUCAUUUUCACGUAAAUGGCUCCUUAAAGGACAUGAACGUACACAUACUGGUGAAAGACCAUAUUCAUGCAAUGUUUGUAGUCGAUCAUUUGCAGAUCGAUCAAAUCUAAGAGCUCAUAUGCAAACACAUCAACGUGAAAAACGAUAUUCAUGUCCACAUUGUCCACGUUCAUUUUCACGAAUGGGUCUAUUAAAUAAACAUAUGAUACAAUGUACUCAAAAUACCGAAUCAAACAAUAGUAUUAACAAUCGAAAAAAUAACAAUACAAUGAAAACAUCAAAUUGUUAUCUUCCUAUCAAAUUUCCAUGAUCCAAAUAUCUAAUUUAAUUAUCAAUAUUUUAUUUAUACAAUGAACAAUUUACAGUUAGAUAAAAGACUUUACUAAACACUUAUACGAAUGCCUAUAUUCAUUUAUAAACAAUAAACUUAGAUAAGCUUAUCAUAAGAUAAAAUGUAUAAAGUAGAUUUGUAGAUAUAUUUUCAAUUAAUCUAUAAGUAAUAUGUGUACACAUGUAUAUCUGAUGAUUACUUCUACCUCUACCCCUCCCCCUCCUCUCCUCUCCUCCCACCUCUUUUGUUUUCCAUCUUAAUUUUAUUACAAAAAAUUGUAGACCUUGUUUUUUUUCUUAGAAAGUGACUUAAUGGUACUUAAGUCGUUUCAUUGUAUUACAUAUGAGGAGGAGAAGUUCUACUUAAUUUACUUUAUAUCAAUGUACAGAUACAAAAAACCCGUCGUAAUUAUUAUCUACUUAUGUGAAAUAUAAAAUUAAUUUUUAAAGA